AUGGCUCCGGCCGUGGCCGGGGCGGCGUCGGUGGCGAUGAGCCAGGCACUACAGGACCGCCAGAUCCUCGACGCCGUGGGUACCGGCGCCGCGGCGCUCUCGCUGGCGGGCUCCUCCUUCAUCGUGCUCUGCUACCUCCUCUUCCGCGAGCUCCGCAAGUUCUCCUUCAAGCUCGUCUACUACCUAGCCGUCUCGGAUAUGUUUUGCAGCUUAUUCACUAUAAUGGGGGGGCCAUCGAAUGCAUUUUACUGCUUUGCUCAUGACUACAGUGCUCAUUUCUUCUGUGUGGCUUCUUUUCUAUGGACAACCACCAUAGCAUUCACUCUUCAUCGCACAGUUGUAAAACACAAAACUGAUGUUGAAGAAUUUGGAUCUAUUUUCCACUUAUAUGUGUGGGGAACUUCACUAGCUACCACUGUACUUCGAUCGAUAGGAAGUGACUACGGAAGACCAGGUACCUGGUGCUGGAUCCAUCAGGGAAGCAUGGCAAAGGUCCUACACUUAAUAACUUUUUAUCUUCCACUUUGGGGUGCCAUUUUGUACAAUGGGUUUACAUACUAUGAAGUAAACCGCAUGCUGAACAAUGCAACACGGAUGGCUGCUGGCAUAAGUGAUCGAUCAAACCAGUCUGAUAUUAGGGCAGACAGGAAGGCAUUUAACCGAUGGGGUUAUUACCUCUAA